AUGGCUGUGUCAGUACAUGUAAUCCAGCUGGGAUACACCUGUGAGGGCGAAGACUGUGAUAAGGAUGCCCCAAGUCUGGAGGAGCGGAAUCACCCUCUGAAUACCCUCAAUAUUCUCAAUCAACUUAAUUCUGAGAAGAAGAAGAACAAUCCACCUAAUUUUAUACCUUUUGUCGGGAUCACAGAUGCUAGCAAAUUGAACAAACACUGCUGCAAAAAUGGAGGAACUUGUUUCCUGGGAACUUUUUGUAUAUGCCCAAAACAUUUCACUGGGAGAUACUGCGAAUAUGAUACAAGGAUCAGGAGUUGUGGUACCCUCGGGCAUGGUGAGUGGUCUCAAGAAGAAUGCCAAUUAUGUCGCUGUAUUUAUGGGACUCUGGAAUGCCUGCCUCAUGUUCACAAGCAAGGAUGUGGUAAGAAGCAGCUGAAUUACUACUCUGAGCUGAUUGAACUGCCAAUUUCCGAGUAG